AUGCACAACUCAAACUAUGAAGCGGAAAUAGAGUUUAUCACCAAAGAGGAGUGGGAAGAUGAGUUGGUUACAGUAGAUCACUUUCUUGAAAAUGAUGGAGAGCAGGAGAGGGAUGAUGAAGAUGAUGAUGAUGAUGAUAAUGAUAAUGAUCGCCGCCAUGACCUUUUUGAGAAGAUCUCAGCAGUGUAUGGAGAAGAAUGGAAACAAAUAUCAUCACAACUCAUGGAUAUCAACAACUUCAGUGAAAUUCCAGAGUUUCUUCAGUCCACAAAGAAGAUUCUAACUUUUGAAUCUGCGGAAGAGUUAUCAGAAAAUAUUGCUAAGUACACAAGACAAGGAGAAGAAAGAGACAAACAAAGGUACUAUUGGCCACUUGUGAAGUGUGUGACUGUCAAAGUGCCAAGAAAUGAUUUUCUCCAGCAUGUAACUCUGGUGGACCUUCCUGGAAAUGGAGAUCGUAACAAGAGCAGGGACACGAUGUGGAAACAGAUUAUUGGAAAGUGUUCUGUGUUGUGGAUUGUGUCUGAAAUUAACCGGGCAGCAGCUGAUAAAGAAUCCUGGGAGAUCCUGAAAAGCCUUGGAAAUGAUGGCGAGACUCGACACAUUCACUUUAUCUGCACCAAGUCUGAUGUAGUUGGAGGUUCUAAUGAUGAUUCGGAGGCUAAUAUUCAGACCACAAUUCUUCAGAGAAACAUGGAGGCCAAGAAAGCAGUGCAAAAUCAAUUAAACAAGAUACCAUCCACUAAGACAUAUUGCAGAGAUGAGUGUAUUGAAGUGUUUACAGUGAGCGCUGCAGAGUUUUUGAAAAGUAAACACCUUAAUCCAGAGGAAACUGAAAUCCCAAAGCUUCAAGAUUUUCUAAAAGGUUUGAAUAAUCGUCCCUCAGAGACAUUCAGCUUUAUUUCCAGAGCUCAAAGGAUUCUGGUUUUGAUUCAAGGAGCCAGUCUGACAAAAGUGGCUGGUGUUAAUAAUGUGAGUAAGGACCUUGAGACAAACCUAAACCAUCAACUUAAUUCAAUCAAAAAGGAAAUGAAAGAGAUCCACACAGCAUUUGGAAAAUGUGUUGAUCAAGGAUUUGAAAUAUACCAAAAUUCAUUGGAAAGAAUCCUGAAGUCCUUUUUAUGUACUGCAGGGAAGAGUGCCACAGCCCAAUGCAACACACUAAUGAAUGUCUUGAAAAAUGGAGGCAUCUACAAACCAAAUAAUGGGAAAGAAAUAAAUCUCAUCUUAAAAUUAUCUUUAAAAUUGAGAAUGAGUAUUGAUGAAGAAUUCAGAAAAAACGUCCAGAGGAAAAGCUCAAGACAAAAAUUAGUAAAAUGACUCAGGAGGGCAAAAGAUUAAUGUACAAAGUUUUAACAAAGACAGUUGAGGAAAUUAUGCAAGACUCCUACAGAGAAGCAGCACGGUUUCGAGGAAAGAACACACUGCCGAACAUAAUGAAAACAUUACAGAGACGUAUGCACAUUGACAAAAACCCCGUGUUUGCAAAAGCCAAAGAUGUCAUGAUGGAACAGCUCAACAAAUUGAUGGAUGAUAUCGUGGGUCUUUUGGAAAAAAACAUGAUGGAGUCCAUUGGGCUGUCAAUCCAUUAUCCAUUUCCAGAUGUGUCAACAGAGCUUUCGAUGUUAAAGAAACUCCAUAAUGAGCUGCAAAGCAGCAUUGAUGCGUCGACCUCAGCAGAACCUUCCAGUAACUCAAUGCUAGUGCCUGGACGAACAAACUUUGGUUUUAGCCAAUUAUGGUAACAUAUGAAAUGUUUGGGAACAUGCAAACUGUGCAAGAACAUGGCAAGGUUGACUCGCCUUAGGAUUAUUACAGUUGUUUCCAAUACUCUUACACAGUCAGUGCCUUUGUUGGCAUUACAUACCCAGACAUAAAUCAUUGAAAAACAUGAACAGCUCUUUGUGAAGACUUGAUAAACUUAGAAACUCCUCAUGGAUCAGGCUAUUCAUUUUGUUUUUUUUUUACUUGUUUUAAGACUGAUUUUUGUUUUUUACAGCAGGAUUAACAGAAAUUUCAAGCAAGCUUCCAUUGACCAAUGCUGAAUUUGUAUUCAAAACUGUCCUUUGAAAUCAACUUUUUCAAAGAAAGUUAAAAAUAGGAAUGCAAUUCAGUCUUUGAAAACUGCAUCAUUUAAGGUCUGCAGAAGGGUAUUAUUUAGUAGAAAUGAUCACAGAUAUGAUAAAUGUAGAUUAGCAGCCUCUAAAGACUUUUUAUAUUGUUUUACAUUCAUGUUAAAUUUUCUGAUUAUAUAUGUUUUAAAACUGUUUUAAAAUGUAAAUAUCCGUUCAAUGUUAAGUGAUAAAAUGUGCAUGUUACUUGCUACCACAGCAUUUUUUUCAUACCUUGAUUUCAGACUUUAAAGAGCUUUAGUGUUUUUUAUUUGCAAAA